AGAUAGGAACCAAAGGCUGCCCAUUCAUUUGAGUUUUGCUUUUCCUCACAGAACACAAGUAUCCAGUCUAGUCCUCCAAUCAAACGCCCCUUUUGUUAACUGUCUCAACUUUAUCCAUUUGCCUUGUUUUUAGCAAAACAAUGUCUACUUUAGUUCCUGAUUUCCCAAAUCUUUCUUAAUUUUUCUUCCGAUUUUCAUUUUCGGGUUUUACAAAUAGAUUUCGUCUUCCAAUUUUCCCUAGAAAAAGAAAUAAAAAAAAAAUGAUGCCAAGUGAACAGCAAAGUCAUGAUCAACAUCGGGAUCCGUUAUCGUGUGUUAUUUACGAGCUGUCGGCGCUAGUCCUGAAUCUCCUCCGAUCGCCACCGACGCCGGUUCCGACUAAGAUAUCGGCGGUGGGAUUCGCUUGGCUGAUGCUAGGGAUAUCGGUUUCUUUAAUGCUUUGUGGAUCAGUGACUUUCUUUUUAGGGUUCAUGCUGAUGCCCUGGGUUCUUGGUCUGCUCAUGUUCUUUUACGUUGCUGGGAUUGUUUCAACGAUUUCGAUGUUGGGCCGUUCGAUUCUUUGUUAUGCCAUGGCACCUCCCUCACCGACAAAAGGUAUUACCGAAUGGAAGCUUUUGUGGUGAUUGAUUUGAGAGAGAGGGGGGCAUUGCUGCGUGAAUUUACCAAAGUUUACUUCUUCCCAGAAUUAUGCAGGAGAUGUGGAUAUAUAUUGCUGCUUUAAUUAGUAUUAUACAACCAACCAUUAAACAUGUACUGGAUUCUUUUUGGUUUUCUAUCUUCAAAUCGGAUGGAAUGUGGCAUUGUUUGGAAGUAGCAAAAGCUGUUGUGUUUCUUCAAAUUUUUUUUUAAUAUAUGGGUAUACAAAGUUUUUAUAUCUCAA